AUGUUUCCACUUAACAUACAUAAACAUAAACUGGAUCUUAAAUGGCAGAAAGAAAAGUGGUUGAAAAUGAUUACUACAUUUGAAUAUUGUUUAGUCAAGAUAAAUAAGAAGUAGUUGGAAAAUAUCGAGAUCUGUGAAAGAGAUUCCGUUUGCUUCACGAACAAGCUCUAAAGGCUUUUCUUUUGUUACAACUACUGUACGUUUUAAUUUUCCCACCAGCAAGAAAAGGUGUUUCAAGAAACACAUUUUGGCUCUUUCUUGCCUAUGAGAAUAAUACUUUUUUUCUUUCAACAAAAUGCCGUUGGAGUAGAGGGGAAUUGUAAAGCACAAGAUUAUCAACCGUUAUUAAUUAAGCUCCCCCGCUUAAUUCCCAGCUUCAGAUUUCACAUGGAACUUACCAUUUUUCAAGAAUUGAGGUGAUGCAAAUGGAUGAUACUCAAUAUGGAGACUUGAGUUGACUUGGGAGCAAAUUGGAGAUCAUAUUCAUUCCAAAUUAUUAAAAUGAUAAAGCUACUAGCUCUGCUUGCUCUUUCUCUGUUUCCAUUUUUGCUCCUCUCCCCGAAAGUUAUUGCUGACCUAAGCUCAGAUAGACAAGCGCUACUUGACUUUGCUUCUGCAGUACCUCAUCUUAGAAAGUUCACGUGGAACACUAACUCUUCCAUUUGCACGUGGCAUGGCGUCAGUUGCAACUCAGAUGGAACUCGUGUUGUUGCACUUCGGCUUCCUGCUAUUGGACUCUAUGGUCCUAUUCCAGACAAUACCAUAGGAAGACUGGAUGCACUAACAACCCUCAGCCUUCAUUCCAACGGGCUCAAGGGAAAUCUUCCUUCAGACAUCACCUCUCUUCCUUCCCUCCGUUUCAUAUUUCUCCAAGAAAACCAACUUUCUGGUGAGAUCCCUUCCUCUCUCUCUCCACAGCUCAACUUCAUUGAUCUCUCUUUCAACUCCUUCUCAGGAGAAAUUCCAACAACAGUUCAAAAUUUGACAAGUCUUACUGGUUUAAACCUACAAAACAACUCGCUUACAGGAUCCAUUCCUAGUGUAAACCUGCCAAGGCUUAGGCAAUUGAAUAUGAGUAACAACCAACUUAAUGGUUCAAUUCCACGAUCCUUGGCAAAGUUUCCUGCUUCUUCAUUUCAAGGAAAUUCUCUAUUAUGUGGACCACCCUUGACUCGAUGCCCUUCUUUUGCACCUUCACCCUCUCCAUUCCCUUCACUUCCACCUUUGAGUCCAAUUCCACUAUCUCGUUCCCCAAGUGUCCUGCCAUCCUCUCCAACAAUUCCUGAAAAGCUAAAAGGCAAGAAGAGCUUAAGCACGGGGGUUAUCAUUGGCAUUGUUGCAGGGGGUAUUGGAGGGAUUCUCGGUCUAGCUGUGUUGAUUUUCUUGUGUUGUAUGAAACGAUAUUAUACUACGAGAGGUGUUCAGGAAAGAAAAGACUUUAAUGGGGGAGGAAGUCCGAAGCAAACAGAGGACUUCAGUAGUGGAGUACAAGCUGCUGAAAAGAACAAAUUGGUUUUCUUUGGGGGCUGUUCCUUCAAUUUUGAUCUUGAAGAUUUGUUGAGAGCCUCAGCUGAGGUUUUGGGUAAAGGGAGUUAUGGAACAACCUACAGGGCCAUCUUGGAGGAGGGAACAACUGUCGUUGUGAAACGGCUGAAGGAAGUUGUCGUUGGGAAAAGAGAGUUUGAACAACAGAUGGAGAUAAUUGGCACCGUUGCUCAGCAUGGAAAUGUUGUUGCUCUUCGUGCUUAUUACUUUUCAAAGGAUGAAAAACUUCUUAUCUAUGAUCAUGUACCAGCGGGCAGUUUAUCCACUCGAAUGCAUGGCAACAGAGAGUUGGGAAGAACACUGGACUGGGAAUCCAGGUUAAGGAUUGCGCAUGGAGCUGCAAGUGGCAUUGCCCAUAUCCAUUCUGUUGCCGGUGGGAAAUUAAUUCAUGGCAAUAUCAGGUCAUCCAAUGUACUUCUCACCCAUGAUAACAGUGGCUGCAUCUCAGAUGUUGGUCUUACUCCUCUAAUGGGCUCUCCUACAAUCUCAUCUAGGAGUGCAGGAUAUAGAGCACCCGAGGUGAUCGAGACAAGGAAAUGUACUCAGAAAUCCGAUGUUUACAGCUUUGGCGUUCUGCUUCUUGAACUCCUUACUGGCAAAGCACCAGUGCAGCCACCUGGUCAUGAUGAGGUGGUAGAUUUACCGAGAUGGGUGCAGUCUGUUGUCAGGGAGGAGUGGACAGCUGAGGUGUUUGAUGCUGAGCUCAUCAAGUUUCAAAAUAUCGAAGACGAGAUGGUGCAGAUGCUGCAGAUUGCAAUGACCUGUGUGGCAAAAGUGCCAGAAACAAGACCUGACAUGAACCAAGUUGUCCAGAUGAUUGAGGAUAUUCAGCAAUCAGAUUCUGGAAACAGGCCAUCAUCUGAAGAUAACAAGUCUAGGAGCCCAACUAGUCCAACACCAUGAUUACUCAUGCAUUUGUCAUACUCCAUUCUAUUACCAAAAUUGCAAAUUUUAUCUUUUUCUUUUAAGUAUAAUUCCGACAUCAUUUCUCCAUAUCUGACUGAUUCUGUAAAAUCAACGAAUAAUUCAAUCCCACUUUUAUGUCUAGGUUUAGUUUACCCACCAAAACUUAUUUUACCAUUUGAUUUGAUGAUUUGAACAGUGGAAAGGAGCCAAUGGGCUAUUAAGGCAAUCUUGAAAGAUCAUAAUCUAUGUUCUGUAAUACUUUUCACAAUUCAACUUAUAGCCUGUUUGUUUACUUCAUUGGAAA